CACUGACACACACGUGCUAUCGUCACGCGUUUUUGCGAGAUCGUCUUUUCUUUUCCUUGGAAUUCAUCGGACGGCAGGUUUUGGUCCAACGUUUUGCCCCCAUUUCUCUCUGCUGGUCGACUUGCUGGCUGCCGUUGACAGUUUUGCCACUAUUUCUCCCUUGAUGCUUGGUUAGCUGCGCGACUUCCGCGCUCCAGCCGGCAAAGCCCGCAACCAAACUUUUGUCCCCUCGUUUUCUUCCCCGUUUGGCCUCACACCCCUCGGCUUUCCUGUUCAGUUUCCCUCUGGCUACUAUCGCGACCUCGGUCCUGUCAUACUAAUGGUUGUCCGUUCACAUUCCUGUUUGCUUUUGCCGUCUCGCAGGCGGCGCCCUGCGAGCAGGCUCCUCGUUUGUUCCGUCUGCGCUUGGGUGUUCCUGUCCCGGCAGUUCCCCGUCGUUUUCUCUGCUUCAGUUUCGCCCUCGGAAAAUGACGGGCCCGCAGCAAGCGGAACCGACGCCUCUCCCUCAGCCUCGCCGGAAAGAGGCAGCGAGCCUGAAAACGUCGCGGCAGAUUCCUGGUCGAACUCUUUGAGUCAGUUUGUCAGUGCGCUGCGUGCUUCGACUUGGGAUGUUUUACGUUCUGGGGUCGAGGGGACGACGCGAAUGCAUUUCCAUGAAAGACAUGUGGAGGGGAUCGAGGGAGCUCGCCGCCCACAAGAACUCUUUGAUUACAUCGUCGUUGGAGCAGGAGCAGCGGGUUGUCCCUUCGCCAGAACGAUGGCGGAUGCAGGAAAGCGGGUGUUGGUGUUUGAGCGAGGCCAUGCCCGUUCCAGGACCCAAACGCCGGCAGCGAUGGAUUUGGACGGAGCUGGAAGAGGCAUAAACGAUGAGAAAAUUAGUCAGCCUGUUAUCACCGCUCAAGGCGUUCGAACGCACAUUGGCAAAGUCAUGGGUGGAGGCACGAGCGUCAAUGUGGGAAUCAUGAUACGGGAGCUGGAUGAAUACUUUCACUUCCUCAACGAGAAAUAUGGCCAUUCCUGGGAUAUCCAAACCCUCCACAAGGCGUCUUCGUGGAUAGAAGAAAGAGUUUCUUGCCCGAUGCCUCAAGAGAAUGACUUUUCGCGAGCGAUUUGCCGCAGCUUUUCUAACCAAGGAUUCAUCCCUCAUGGAGGAGUCGCCGGCAACACAAAUUACACUUACCCCAUUCCGGUGUCUCCGGAGCUGAGACACGGAGAGUUCUGGGGGGCUAUGUCUCUCUUCAACUCGUCCGAUUCGGGAUUCCGGAACGCAGCAGACAUUUUCUUAAUUGACAAUUUCUCAGGUGCAGAAAGCGUCGAGAACUUCAAACCUGCAAAGAACAUCGAACUCUUGACCGACUACAUUGUCCUGAAAGUUCUCUUCGAUAAAUCGGGGACCCGCCCUCGAGCAAGAUGUGUCAAUUACCGACGAACGCAAGAAUCCGAUUUAACAACGUUCGGAGAAAGUCCCAGGCGUCGACGACCUAGCGACGCAGGCUCGCACUUCUGGGCUAUUGGCCAGACGCUUUUGUCGCGCUUCUGGUCGCUUUUUUCUCCGCAAGUUUAUCACGCCUGUGUGAAGAAGAACGGAGAAAUUGUCAUGGCCUCGGGCGCCAUCCUGUCUGCCGUGAAUCUGUUCAAAUCCGGCGUAGGACCUAAGGCGCAGAUUGAGAAACUCGGCCUGCCUCUCGUCCUCGACGUCCCGCAGCUAGGACAGCGAUUUUCAGAUCGAAUUGUCGUUCCAGUCGGAGUCUUCCUCACUCAGAGACAGCAACAGACUUUCAGCAAGCCGCGAAUCUCGGAUGUCAUCGGCUUCAAAGCCUUCGGCCCAGACUGCUCAGACUUCAAGAUUGGCGCACAUUCUUUAAAGUGCACACAGGUCAUUGUGGAGACGAUGUACGGUCCGCAUGCAAUGGACGGACCUAUCUACGCGGCGAGAGCUCUCGUUCCCCCUCACCUGAGAAAUACCAGACUUGUCGAGGCCAUUUUCCAAGUGUUUAGCAGGUGCACGCAACUCUCGAAGAAAGAGCGACUUCUGCAGCCAGUCUGUUUUCUUCUCCGAAGAGCCAUCGACUGUGCGAGCCGCACCGCAGUUCAGUUUUCCUUUAUUUCGGAGCCCAAGAGCAGAGGCUCUGUUUCCAUGGAGAGAGAUGGAACAGUGAAAGUGGAAGCGAACUACCUCGAUGAUCCUCAGGACUUCUUUGACGCCGUUCGCGGCGUACAGACAGCGAUCGAACGAGUCAAUGGAGACGCCUUUCGGGGGCUCAUCGACUCUGUUGGACGCACAGCCUGUCCCGUGAUGCUUUUGGAUGGCUUUCUGCAAAUCGUCACGAGACUUCUUCAAGAAACGUCUUCCCCCUCUCUCACUCCUGCCCAUCUCGAGCAAGUACAGAAACAUCACGACGCUUUAGCUCGGAUCUAUCCCCCUUCGGAACAUGAAGAAGGCGAAGAGAACGAAGGAGACGCCAGCGACGACGCCCUCAACAGGCAAGCGCCUGAAGAGCAAAAGCAGGCGAAUCUCGGAUCAGCGAAGGGGGAAAGUCGGCUGGCGUCUCUCCAGCGCAUCGCAGAAAUGCAGAAGCUGCUGGAGGACCUGGUUGCGCGCGACGAAAGUGGAGACGCGGCGACCUCUGAGCGACGCAGUUCGACCGUCCAUACAGUCCGACUGGAUCGUUUAACUGGCUUCUUCGACUCAGGUCUCUGCAGCAGAACAUGCAAAGAGGUCGACGACAGCUUCCUCUACGGCGUCUACACGAAAACAUGUCCCUGGAGGGAUGUAUUGUACCUCUUUCAUGGCCUCUGUGCUCCGUCUUGCUCUCCUGCAUGUAGCGAGGAAAAGGAUGGCAAAGCGAGCGUUGCAGACACUGAGGAAGGAGUGGGCGAACACAAUUUCGUUUUCAAACUCGACACAAGAACGAGACAGUUUCAAGAGAGAGACGCUGUUCUCGCCUCCGAGCAGUGGGCCGCUACUUUUCCGCCUCUGCUUCCUUCUCCGGACGAUCCUACACACAUUGCGGAGUACGUUCUGACGUACAUGAGCAGCAUCUGGCAUCACGCAGGAACGGCGGAAAUGGGCGCGGUUGUCGACAACCUGUUUCGAAUGCGAGGCGUUGUUGGCCUCUCGAUCGUCGACGCCUCUGUGCUGCCCCAAAUCAGCCGAGGAAAUCCAACGGCGACGCUGCUGACGAUCGGCCGAUACGCCGCCCUGAAAAAACUCGAAGCUCAGAGCCAUUCUCGCGAAGCAGUUGUCUGAGCGUGGAAAUCUCUCUCGACCUCGCGCUGGACAAGAAACAACGGGUCCUGCAGAGUUCUGGCGGCGACGUUCAUGCGCCAGGUUGCUCUUUCCGUUUCAUUUUUUCCUCUUGCAAAGGCAAGCAGGAAAGUUGACCAAGCCACCGUUCCUCAAAAGCAGAGGCCGGCUUGCGUUCUAAGUUUCUGUUUACCUGCGAAGAUUUCGCGUACGACUGCUCUCCAGUGAAUGGCCAAUGCACGUGGAACAUUCAUCUGAAUUGUUCCUCUCGCAUUUCUCUGUUUCCCUGCCGUCUCGUUUUUCCACGGGUCGCUGCUGUCACACAUCGUACCUCUCUGACUUCGUUGUUCAACCAUCAUAAGAAGCUGCCCACACUCAUGCAUCGUCCGUGUACUGACACAAUAUAUAUAUAUAUAUAUAUUUGUACAUAUAUAUGUAUAUAUAUCUAUGUAUUUCCUGUAGGGGUACACAGUGUGUGGGCAGAUGUUUCGACAGGUGCAGGCGAGCAGGAAGAUUCAGUGGAUGGGCAAAAGUGUGUUGUCAAGUUGUAUUCUGUUGGCGUUGUUUCGAGAACAGCGAGUGUAUCUGGGAGUCUCAUCGAAAUCAUCUGUCGAAGAAGUGGAGUUUUGCCGAAGACAGACACCGCCAUGUCUGUGUAGAAGUUAACGCACAAAGAACUAUCCUGGGGAGUGCACGACUGGGGGAGAAUCGAGCGACAGAAAGGACGAAACGCAUCCCGAGAGCUGCUGACACU